AUGACGGUGCGGAGCACGGCUCCCACUUCACAUGUAAGAAGACAUUUGUGGCAUUCGCCCCGGAAUUAUUCUGCAACUCAAGACCCCGAUCCAGGACAGGCGGCUGGGAAUUCUGUUAACGGCGUACGACAACAGGACCAGACGUUGCUGGAUUCAACUAGCAAACAGCCAGACACAAUCCAACCUGUGCUCGCUUCUCCAAAGGGUGCUCAAGAUGUGCGAGGAAUGAUGUCCAGGGGUAGAGUGUUUGGAAAGAGCCAUUGGAUAAACACCACGCGGGAGUUCAAAGAAAUAGAAGCCUUCGUCCAUGGCGCUGAUAUGAAUAGCACAGCAUCGCUACAAUCCAAUGCCAAGAGUUCUGGAACUCUUCAUUCCCUUCAAAAGUGCAAAGAGUUGACCAGAAAAGCCAAAGCUAGGGCUAGUCGGUGGCUCUCGUAUCAGGAACUGAAGAAUUCCAUACCUCCCAAAGAGGUGGCCGAUCACUUGGUGGAUCUAUAUUUACGAGCAUUUGAGUCAGCAUACAGAAUUCUCCAUAUCCCGCCAUUCCAAAAUGAAUAUGCUCGUUAUUGGAACAAUCAAGAAGCCGCAAGCGAAGAACUUAAACUCCAGAUCCUACUCGUUAUGGCGAUUGGCACAUGCCUAUACGAAGGUCCUCAUAAUCAGUCUGGAUUACGCGCCCUCGCUCUGCAAUGGAUAUACAGUGCGCAAGUUUGGCUUUCCGGGACUUUUGAGAAAGACCGCCUCAGUGUCUCGGGGCUCCAGAUCCAUUGCCUCUUACUUCUUUCGCGCCAAAUUCAUUCUAUAUGCUGUGACUCAAUAUGGAUUUCAGCAGGGUCUCUCGUACGAACAGCUAUGCAGAUGGGUCUACAUCGGGAUCCAGGCCAUUUCACUAAACUGUCUGUACUACAGACCGAACUCCGUAGGCGACUCUGGGCUACGAUAAUGGAAAUGGCUGUGCAAUCCGCGCUGGAUUCCGGUAUGCCUCUGAUUUCGCCCGACGAUUUCGACACGGAACCCCCAUCAAACAUUAAUGAUGAUGAGAUGGAUGAGACUACAAAGUUACUUCAGCCUAAGGACGAAGGGAUAUUUACAGAGACUUCAUUCCAAAUUACUCUGUUCAAAUCCUUGCACACGAGAAUGGAAGUACUCAGACUGGUCAAUGGUCUCAAAUCUGAGCCAUCAUAUGUAGAUGCCCUGCACGUCGGCUCGCAAAUGGCUAAGGCAUGUCGUGACUGCAGCCUUAUAACACGUGGAUAUGGGCUUUCCUCUACCGAUCAAAUGCCGAGACCAACGGCAUUCCAUCGCAAUGUGGUUGAGCAUUUCCUGCUCCGCUUUCUGCUUGCACUCCACGUCCCAUUCACCACUAACGCCCGCACCAACCCGCAAUUUUACUUCUCCCGCAAAGUCGCUCUGGAAACCGCUCUUACUAUCGUAACUCCUGAAGACGAGGAUGAUUUCUUUCGUCUGAUGUCUACAAGAGGAGGUCUAUUCUGGGAAAGCUUUAGGCAAUGCGCUUUAAUCAUUGGCCUUGAACUCAUCACGCAGGUUGACGAAGAUCGCACGAACAUGAUGUUGCAAACAAACAAGGCCAACAGAGAACCGCUGAAAGAGUCACUGAAAAGGUUACUCUCGCUCUCGGAGAAGAGAAUCGAGAUGGGCGAGAAUAGUGUGAAAUCACACCAGUUUUUCAGCAUGAUUCUUGGACAGGUUGCGUCGAUGGAAACCGAUAUUGACCUGGAGCUCGCGAUUGCCAACGCUUCAUAUACAAGCACCCGCAUCUGCUAUGAUAUAUUAUGCGCGCGGAUACUUUCGAAUCAGGCUGCUUCGCAGCCUGAUGAUCUCUUUCGCUCGGGUACGGUCAAUGAGCAGUCUGGAUAUGGCGACGCGCUGAAUCCCGGUGCUAGCUCCCUACAGGCUAUAGACUUACGUUCUGAUAUGAUAGAUUCAUGGUCCUUUCCCCAGUGGAACGACAAAUUCUAG